UUUCUUUAGUUCCUGAGGCUGAAACCAUGGGCGCAUGUCUUUACCAUUAAAAGGGAACUUCCCCAAUUGAGAAAGUCCACUACUCAUCUAAACAUUUUCUGGCAACUGUCAUCAAUUUCUCUCUGCUUCUACCUUUCUACCUGAUCUCCUUCAAAUCCCCAAAUCUAACUUAGAUUUCCCUUUUUCUGUCAUGCACUCCAACUGUUUGACCUUUUGCCUCAACGAACUUUCUUAAUCUUUUUCUUCUUUUCUUUGUUUUUUUCUGAGGUUUACUGCAAAUCUUGAAUAAUAGACUUCAUUAUCUUUGAAAAAAGAUCAUACCCAUAUCAAAGUUAAGAACUUUUCCCUUGAAAGAUAUUGAUUUCUUUUAGGGUUUGAUCAGGUUUACUGUCAUGCAAUCCAAGUGUUUGACCUUUUGCCUCAACGAACUUUCUUAGUUUUUUCCUUCUUUUCUUUGUUUUUUCUAAGGUUUCCUGCAAAUCUUGAAUAACAGACUUCAAAUUCUGUUAAAAAAAAGAUCACACCCAUAUCAAAGUUAAGAACUUUUCUCUUGAAAGAUAUUGGGUUCUUUCAAGGUUUGAUCAGGUUUUACUGGCAAAAUUUGAUGAUUCCCACCAUCCCACUUGAGAUUUGAUUGAAAAGACUGUGACCCAUCAUAAAAAUUUGUAUAAUUUUAAGGAUUUGACCAUGAAUCCUUACUACCCAUCUGUCAAACAAGAGUACCCUUCAAGAGAAAAACAGCCUGUGAUGGCGGACAUGCCACAGCCAAUUGAAGGCCUACAUGAGGCUGGACCUCCACCUUUUCUGACAAAAAUAUAUGAUAUGGUGGAUGAUCAUAGUGUAGAUCACAUUGUUUCUUGGAGUAGAGGUGGUCAAAGCUUUGUUGUAUGGGACCCACAUGCUUUCUCUACUAAUCUUCUUCCUAGGUACUUCAAGCACAACAAUUUCUCUAGCUUUGUCAGGCAGCUCAAUACUUAUGGAUUUAGAAAAAUAGAUCAUGAUGUAUGGGAGUUUGCAAAUGAAGGAUUUUUAAGAGGCCAGAGGCACAAUUUGAAGAACAUUAAACGAAGAAAGACGCCUUCUCAGAAUCUGGUUCCACAGCAAGCAACCCGUUCAUGUGUCGAGGUUGGAAAUUUCGGAAUCGAUGGUGAAGUUAAGCGUUUACAACGUGACAAACAGAUUCUCAUGAUGGAAUUAGUGAGCCUAAGACAACAACAGCAGAGUACCCGGGCCCACCUUCAAGCCAUGGAGCUAAGACUACAAGGAACCGAACAAAAGCAGCAGAAAAUGAUGAGUUUUUUAGCAAAAGCAAUGCAAAGUCCCAAUUUCGUCCAGAAGUUGGUUUCUCAUGGUAAAAGAAAGGAGCUUGAAGAUGUUGUUAUGAACAAGAGGAGACGGUUAAUUGACCAUGGUCAAGGGUCAAUGCUUAUCAAACACGAACCUGAAGAAUAUGAAAUGUCUGAGUUAGACGCACUUGCUUUAGAAAUGCAAGGGUUUGGUCGACCCAAAAGAAAUCAGGAGGAAGUAUUUAACGAUCUCGAUGAAUUUGAGGGCGGAGAUGGAGACCUUGAUGAAGAAUUCUGGGAAGAGUUGUUUAAUGAAGAUUUUGGGAUGGCUGAAACGGGUCAAUAAAGUCAACGAUGUGAAUUUGGGUUUAGGCCAGAACGGCUAAUAGUUCAUAAUCUCUUCACUGAUCUUCAUUGCUUUUAAAAUCGUUUAUUCUUGAUCUUUGUAGUUAGGUACUUCGGAUGAUGAUGAUGAUGAAGAAGAUGUGAAGAUCUUGGACCAAUUCAUGAUUACUAGUUCUGAUAUUGGAUACAGAUUCAUGAAAGCACUAGUCCCUCACCAAAUAUCAACUUAUUUUUUUAAUUUAGUUGUGAUUAUUUCAUAUAACUCUUAUCUUGAUAAUCAGAUUGGAAGCAUUUCUUCACCAGAUUGAAUUCAAGUGCUUGUUCUUAUAUAAUAAGAUUUGCCCUCCUGAAGAUACAUACCUUACUGAAGAUUCUGUGGCUGCAUUUUGGAUCUCAGCUAACAUGUAGUAGUUAGUUGACUCUUGAUGGCUGAUUAAUGGAUAGUUUCAGUGUCAGUGUCGAUCGGGUUUGUCAUGAAGUUUAAACCAACAAACAAAAGAGUCGUAUUGAUAGGAGCCCGAUAACUCAAAUGGUCGACUUGUAUAUGGAUGGGUUGGAAUGCGAAAGAACCUAAGAAGAGUGGGGAAACGAUCCAUAACUCACAAAAAUAAUCACUAUAAACCAUAUAAUUUAGUUUUUAUUUAGAUUGUUAGAAUUCAUUCUUUAUUCUAUAUUAUUUAACCUUGUAGUCAAUAUGUUAGUUACUUUGACUGAACUUGAUGCUUUUGAUAUUAUAUUAGAAGUUUUCUCGAGUAGGUUUU